AUGAAAGGGCGAUUACUUUGGUGGGCUACUAGUCUUACCAUGGCAGCAGCGGCGCCUUUUGGCAAGGCUUCGUUGCCUACCUAUUUCUUUACGUUUGGAGAUUCAUACAGCAUGACUAGCUUCAAUGUCUACGGUGAACAAGCAACACCCCAAGAUCCGAUGGGAAAUCCACCACUGGGAACUGGAACAACAGGAGGAGGCAUCAAUUGGAUAGGUGAUCUUACAACAGCAGAUAAUGACUCGCUCGUUUUGAGUUAUAACCUCGCAGUCGGGGGAGCAACGAUCGACAAUAAUAUCAUAAAUGCUGGAGUCGAAGAUAUGGCUACGCAAGUAGCCACGUUCCUUUCGAUAUAUGGAGAUAAGCCGGGGAUAGCGCCAUGGAGCUCUGAUAAUACAGUCUUCGGCUUUUGGAUUGGAAUUAAUGACGUUGGCUGGUCAUAUGCCAUUGAAAACGCGACAACGCUCGUUCCGGAACUCAUGGCCGUGUACAAGUCACUCGCAGAGCAGAUAUACGCCAAGGGAGGACGGAAAUUUUUGUUCUUGAAUGUCCCGCCAACCAGUCGAAGUCCAUAUAUCCUGGACCAGGGGAUAGCGGCAUCACGAGCACAUGCUGCAUGGCUGGCUGUUUAUAACGAGUACCUGAAGUUGAUGGUUUUGGGAUUUCAAGAUGAGCAUCCAGAGGUGGGUUGGGACUUCGGAGUGAAGAUCAUCGGCCAGGGGCUGUGGAAUGCGUGGGCCUCGCUGACAUCAAAUGACUUCCAGAUUCAAACUGUGAUUUACAAUUCUUGGGAAUUCAUGACAGGCAUCUUAGACGAUCCGCACAAAUAUGGAUAUCCGAACAAUACAUGCAUUGAUGACGACGGGACAACGUGUGUGUGGUGGAAUAAUUAUCAUCCCGGUCUGAAAUACCAUGCGCUGCAGUCCAAGGACAUGAAGAAAUAUCUCUCCCCGUUCAAAGCGUGGUAG